GGCAGCUAGCAGAAACUCGAGAAGAUGCUAUUUCCCGGACGAGGAUGAUGGCACUUCAUCGAAGGAAAGCGUGGCAGGAGCACGCUUCUCCUGCUGGUGCGACCGCAGCGAGGGCCCAGAACGGUGAGCAAUACGAGGAUAGAAGUGCUGAUCGUGUACUGCCGAGUACUACAUCACGGGUUGCAUCUAGUAAUACGCCCGAUCGGACGAGUGCGGCCUCCAGUUCCAGUUCCAGUUUUUCAACAAGCUCAUCUAGUACUAGCAGAGGCAGCUCGUCGGUGGAAGAAGCCACAAAUGCAGCGCCGGCACCAGAGGGAGCUCGACCCAGAGGACUGCCAGUAUUUCUCAUGCGGCCAAACUAUGGAAAAGUCCUGCAAGUGGACGGGCUGCAGUUUCAGAUCAGCGUAAAAAGGGAUGUCGAACGAAGAGGUAGCCCGCAGGUUGGUGAAGAACCCAGUGCCAGGUGCAGCGGCCACGGUCGAAAAAUUGGGACAGCAGCACCACCGGAAGGAGAUCCUCCUCGUUGUGGCCGCAUUUUUGCGCAAACAGGAGCUCCAACUUCAUGCAGCCUUUUGAAUCAUGAAAGGUCCGCGCCAGGAGGCUGUGGGCGACCACAAAGUUGUGCAGCAAGAGAUGAAACAGGAGAAGCUGCAUCUGCCCCAUCUUCCUGUUUCUCCGGCCUGUUCGAAGCCAGCAAGCGCACGCUGGCGUCAUGGUCAUCACCGACUUCUUCUUGCGCGGGCAGCGCUUUGGAUGCGGACCUACUUCGUGAUGUCCUCGGGAAAAAGCGGGGGCGCACAGAACAGGACCACGGUAAGAACGACUGCGGUCGUCGGUGUGAGGCACCAGCUACCUCAGCAACACGUUGUGCUGGAGCCGCGUGGAGGUCAUGGCCUCAACAAGGACGUGGACAAGAAAUGAAGCCCUCGUACAACACCGCCGAGAGGCCCUCCUCGUCUGUCGGUGAGCGAAAAGUCGUAGUGACCGGGAACUUUUUGUCCUACCACGAGGAGAAACGUGCGGGGGAAAAUUGUCCACGACAAGAGUGGGAACCACAACCAAAAGGUGGCCGUCGUGAUGAUGGAGAAGUAGAAGGAUCUCGUCUUUUCAUCACGGAGUCUAUCGACCUCGCGAUUCCUGCGAGUUUCGUGGAAAAAAAGCUUCUGCUUCCGACCAGAAAAGCCCAUAGUACAACGGCCCCGCCCGCACGAGGACCGGGUGUAAUCCAAGAUGCGACGAAGAAUUGUAGUUCUACCCCUUGUUCGCCUAUUGUCGCGACUUUCCUGUUCGAUGUUUUCCUUGUGCGCGGCCGCGUGGUGUUUGCGCUGGCGGAACAAAACGAAAAUGGAACUACAAAUGUUGACGCAACUACAACCCUCGAGCCCCUGUUGAUUCAAGACCCGAAGAGGCAGUUGAAAGCCAUCACGCACGCGACCUUCCAGCACGCCAAGCAUCGACUCAGCCACGCCGGUUUCUUUUACGGCGCGCCCGCGCUGGUCGCUUCCCUCGGGGCGAUCGCUAGUGCGGUGGCGAUGCUGUACGGGCCAUCUUUGUUGCUGCACAACAUGACUUUGACCCUCGGCUGCGUCACCGGGUGCAUUUGGGGUGCCCAGGCGACGUUCGAUAUGUUGGCGGCAAAGCGGGCCCAGGACGAGAGAAUUUUGGAGAAAGACUGGCAAUUACUCAAGUUCCUGGCGAAAGAUUGGGUGGUCUUCGCCUCCCUGAUGGCGCAAGCGCAGUGGCACGGGGGAAGCUGGAAUCCGCGGAUUGCCCACCGGACGGCUGCGAACGCAGAAUGCCUUAUCAAAGAGAUUGAAGCGCGAAUUCAAUCCGGGCAAUUCAAACUGAACUCAUGGCCCGCGGCGGCCCAACAAACGCGAGCACCUCGUGGGGUUUGUCGGGGAGCUGCUCCCUCAACAUCGGCAAAUGGACCACCAGCUUCGUCGCACGGAGGCUUGCAGCCGCGCGCGCACAGUAUAAUUCGUCACAGUCUCCUGGCGAGAGGUGAGGAUCGCGGUCAAGAUCAUGAACAUGCUCAGGGAAGGAACGCCAGGAAAUCCGCCCAGUCCUCUGUAGCCCCUUGUAAAGGCAAGAUCGUCGGGCAUUUGCUUUCUGAGGAAACGAGCACCAAAGCGAUGCUCCUUGUCAUGCAGCUAAACAAACGGAGUGCAGAAUCGGUUCUGCGCCAGAAAAAGAAUAAAAAGACGCACCGGGCUGAGCGGCCAGACCAAUCGCUAUCUUCGUCCGACGCGGAUUUAGUAGUUCAACGCCGCUCUUUAGUGCCAUCACCAUGCUGUGGAACGGCGACAGCCGCCGAAAGAAGUGCUACUUGUCUUCCGGGAGACGAAGAACCACAUCACGCACAAGGCCAGCAGAGCUUGGGCCAGCUGUGCCAGAGCCAGUGUAGUCAGCUGUCUGCCGCUGGGAGCAGCCAAGAAGCGACGCAACCGGGUGGACAACUCAGCGGGCGGGUGGAGCCGCAGGACGACAGGAGAAGAAACUUGCACCAUGACACGACCGACAACUUCGAAAAGCCAAACCGCAUCUGUUUCGAUGAGAAGAUGAUCCCGUGUAACACGACGAACGCUGCAGGUGCUCCUGGGACGAGCGCAACGAGGUACUACAGCUGCACUACGGACAAGUACGAGCACAACUCGUCGAGUAGUACUUCUAGAAGUUGGGCCCCACCUUCUGCUUCGUCAUUCAUUUCCUGCUUCAGUUGCGACAUUUGCGGCGAGACCGCUGUGGGACUCGGUGCCAAGCCUGUGGCUUGCCCUUCUAAGAUAAACUACACGACGAGUUGUAGAAGUUCAUCUUCCUCGACGAGUUCAUCUUCUACAAGAUUGAGAAACAAGGAUCAGCCUCUAGUCAGAGUUAACCUCCAAGCGCUUCCCUGCGGCCACGUGUUUUGCUCCAGCUGCGUAAAUGAGCAGCGCCGCGAGGUGUUGAAGCAACAGCAUGGAGAGGAGUACACAGACAAAAUGUUUGCUGCCACGCAGGGGGAGCCAGUUGGGAUAACCUGCGCGAAGUGUCGUGCGGGGUGCUACGCUGUCGGGUGCGAAGCGGUUUGCUCCUCAUCGGAAUUGCUUGCAGAGCAGACAGGAGUUGUAGAGAACAGCGAUUGGGACGACGAGUGCGCUGGUACAACUAGGGGCGAGCACGAGGAAGGUGCAGCUCCUGAGGGGCUACGAGCAGGAACAUCAAGGGACUGUACCGCGGGGCUGUCUGUCUGGCCCUGGUCUGGAUCGAAGAAAGAAACGGUACAACAUGCUGAGGCACCUCGUCCACUAGCGCCGUCUACUUCAGCAGCAGCUCUGCAAGCUGCUCAUUCCAGAAGCUCUGAUUCCUACUUGGGAGGCUUUGCCGUUGCUGCGACAAGCCGAUUCUUCCCACGAAUAAGCGUGUUCGCCGGACUGAAAAGUGGUAGGCAAGAAAAGGCGACCAGCGCGACGGCCCCCAGUUCAUCUUCACUAGAAGAGACAGACGAAAUAGUACACGACCUCGGCCCGCCGUACAUCGACACAGAGGCGGAUGAGGUACUAAGCAGUCGUGCCUUCGAAUUUAGUGAUUCCAGUCGUCGCAGUUCCGGCAGAAGUACUUACGGAACUGCCGGAGAGCCCGUUCAUCUCGCACGACAGCGCAGUGCAAGCACUGCAGCCUCGUCGAGAGAUAAUCAAGCUCAUGCUGCGACAAGAGGUUUUUUAUCUGAACAAUUGCAGCAUGAUCAUGAUCUUGCACGGCAACUAAAAGAUGGUGAGACCGACGAAGUUGAUGAAGGCUAUGUGAUGUUUGAGGAGGUGGAGGAAUCCGAGGCGGGACUACUAGAACAACAUCAACAUGAUCACGAAAGAACGUGGUUCACGAAUCAUGGGCAACAAGUAGCCCUGAACGUUCCCACCCUCGAGGAGGACCCCGCAAAGCUCGCUUGGCUAUUGAGUCUGAGAGUGAAUAUCUACACGGGCAAAGUCGAAACAGAACAGCCCGUCGUGGUGGAGCGGUGUAUCUGUCGUGCUGGGAUGAACCACGAAACAGCUGCACCGACGUCUUCCGCAUCCGCUUCUACAGCUGCGCACCAUCAAUCUGGGCCGGCGACAGGUUCUACUUAUUUCCCUGCUUCGUGCGCUGAAAUUAGGGAACCUACUUCGCUAGCACCUUUAUUUAGGCAUGAACUUACUGCGGUACGAGUCGUGGCCCCUGAUCAUGAUGAAGAAGCUGCAACUCACGCCGGGCGAGAUGGUCACACGACUAGAGGAGUUUCCAUCGGGAGAAAACCCUGGUCCAGGAUCUGGGCUAAACUUCAUUGUUCCGUUUCCCCAUCCGCUGCUGCUGCUGCUGCCGGAAUAAACAAGAAGCAGCCCUCACAAGCUGCCCUGCACGUAACGCCGCAGUGCACGGCGCAGCUCUUGAAAAGUUUGAAAGGGGUGGGACAUCGUCCGGAGGAGCGUCGCCGAUUGUUUCUGCAGGAAGCUGGAACAAGCUAGAUUUAGGUUUAAAAGAUGUUCUGGAGUGAGAUACAGUGACUGAUGGAAGAUCGCAGAAAAAAUCCUACCGGUCGAUGUUGAAGGAAGUUCGACUAAGCUACAACCGCCGACGAAUUAUAUCCUGAAAAAAGAGACCGCCGGGUCAAGAACACAUGGAACACGAAUGAUUGUUGUUGAUGCUCAGUGCAAAGGUUUCGCACAUUUUUAUCUACUUCAGAUGUUGUGACAAAGAGAAGACGGCGAGGUCGAGUUGACACACUGCAUACUUAGAAGUUGGAGCACAGUGAAAAAAGCAGGCCAUGCUGACGAGAAGGAUAUCGUCAACUGCCUAGAUAUCACUGCCACCACUUGAAUUUGUGCACGGAACUUGAGCGAAACUUUUUAGGAACUUUUUUUUGGCCUCUG